AUGAACACCAUUGACAGGGAUACUAAAGAUCUCUUUCUUCUCUACUCACUUGAAGAUCCUUCCUGCGUCACCCUGAUACCCGAUCCCAAUUCGGACCGGCCAACUUUCAAGUUAGCGUCUGAAGCUAUCCCCAAAUGGACCAAAUUAGCAUGGUCCACCCAAUACCCGGGAAGUUUGGAAAAAUUCAAGAAACUCCUGUCCUCCAUCGGAUCUCCAACCGUUGGAGUCGAUCUCAAUGUUAAGGUGUUGUCCAAAGAACAACAUGACAAGCUCACACGUUUCACUGACAGUCGGAGACAGAAAUUAGCUCGCCAUGAGGCCAAGGUCUUACUGGAUGUAGAGGUCACUAAACAGCUAGAUGGUACUUGGAAACCAACAGUAAAUUUGGGUACCCAUGAUGAUCCUACCAUCGAUGCGCUUCUUGAGCCGUACAGGGCAGAAUUUGCAAUCACUAACAAGUUUCCGUAUGACAUGGAUAGUCCACUUAGGGCUGAAAGCACACGAGAAGAAGCACAAACGUUUGCAAAACACCUUGCCUUAGCUCGCCUUCGAGAGGCUUUGAUUGAUGAACGUAUCUACAUUGAAGAUGGAGGGAGAUCCCCUCAGUUGUUAUCCACCACUAAAGAAGCAACCACAACGAGACCCGACGAGUCUCAGUCGGGGUGA